AUGCCCCAGGUGCGCAGCGGGUGGUCCCAGGCCGUGUGGCGCGCGUGCAAGCCGCUGCUGAGCGAGCGCACCCGGCAGAAGAUCUCCUUCGUGGACGAGGCCCUCGGUCCCGACCGUAUCCUAUUCUGCUGCGAGCUGUGCCUCGGUGGCGGGAAGCUGGCCGCCGCGCAAGAAGUGGGAGGGGCAGCAGCGGGCAGUACCAGGUGGCAGGGCAUGCGUGGCCACCGGGGUGGCGGUGGCUGGAGCGGCGGCGGCUGGGGCGGCCAAGGGGGCGCCGCUUGCGGCAGAGGCGGCCGGAGCAGCGCGCCGGAGCAGGGGCGCAAUUCGUACGUGCCUCCGCGCGACUGUGACGCUUUCCUCGCGGGGCAGGCCAAGCGCCUGAACGGCUGGGCGCCGGCGCUGGCGACUGACCGGCCGAGAACGGCCCAGGCGGCGGCCCAGGAGCGGCCGCGGACAUGGCUCGGAGUAGUGACCCCUCCCGAGACGAAGAAGAAGAUGGCCGGAUGGAAAAGUGCCCAGAUGAAGAAUGGCGCCAGGGCGAAGAAGGGCAAGAAGGGCGCCAGGACGAAGAAGGGCAAGCACGCGCCGCUGGCGCCUCGCGCUGCCGCCGUCCCGCUGCCGCCGUCCGCGGAGGCGCCGCGGGCAGCUGUGCCCGCCGUGGACGUGGACGUCAAGCGGCGGCUGGGGCUCGGAGAGGACAGCAGCCAGCUGCUGGCAGCCGCUCCGGCGGCAGCGCCAGCGGCCGCGCCGGCGGCAGCGCCAGCGUCGGCGCGGGCCGCGGCGGCUGCCUCCGGUGGGCCCCUGGACUCCAGCGGCCGCGCCGGCACCCGCUGGUACCGCGCUGACAGCAGCCGCCUUUCGGCAGCCGUCUUGGGAGACCAUCCCGGCAUCAGGUACCGACGUUCCCGCGAGUUGGGUGACACGCUCGGGCGGAGAGGCCUCAUGUGGAGAUGCACCGUGCGUGGCGUAGCGAUUGAGGGAGGGUGGUUGAGGGUGCGUAGGUUACGCAGGCAUGGAGGCGGCUACAUGUUCCUCCCUAUGGAGCACCGCGGCGUACCUAUGCUGGUGCCCGCGCCCUUCUGGAGCAAAGCCGCAGCCGCUGCAGCCACAGCGCGGCGCCGUCGCUCCAGAUCGGGGGCCACACCGCGGCGCCGGCAGAGCGACGCCGGUGGCGCCAGCGGCUGCGCAGUCGCUGCGGCGCCGCCGCAGUCGCUGCGGCCGCCUCGUGCCCACUCCGAUGUUGCCCCGUCUGCGGCCGCGGCCGCGGCGCCGCUAGCGCCCCCCACCGCGCUGCAGCAGACGGCGCCCGCUGGCGCGGUGACGGCCUCGAAGGGGCCGCCGCCGCCGCCGCGGGACCCGUGCAAGACGUGCGGCGCCGCCGUGGGUAGCCCCCAGUGGAGCGCGCGCAAGGGCGUCUUCUCGGCGCGCUGUGCGGGCGCGAAGCGGCACGUGCUGGAUUGGUGGAAGGGCCGGUGGGCGAGCGAGCGUGAGCGCCAGGAGGAGCUGCGAAGGGAGCGCCGCGAGCGCGAAGACGACGACGCGCCGCUGAGCAGGCUCCUGCGCUCCAGCCCCGACCGGUGA